AAACAAACCUAAAAGACUGUUUUUGUAUCACUUAAAUCUAAAAUAAACAAACUUGUAAGUCGUAAAAAAAAUCAAAUAAUUAAAAAAGUGAAAUUAUAAUUAUUUAAAAAAAGUUUUUACAAAAUUCAAGAAACCAUAACCAUAAGUGACAUAAUUCAGAUUUUUACUCAAACUUAUUACACUUAAUAAAUAUUAUUAUAUUAUCUUCAUCAUGACAGUUGAACUAAAAAAAUUUUUGUACCAAUUAUUGACAAGUGUGGAAGGACUGCACAGUAUUUUGAUAACUGACCGUGAUGGAGUACCAGUUGUGUCAGUAUCUACAGAUACGGCUCCAGAGUUAGCGAUGAGAGCAAUUUUCCUGUCAACUUUCGGAAUGGCCACGGACCAGGGUAGCAAGUUGGGUUUAGGGAAGAAUAAAACUAUUAUGUGCAUGUACAGUAGUUACCAGGUAAUCCAAAUGAAUAAAUUACCUCUCGUGGUCAGUUUCAUAGCAUCGCAAUCCUGCAAUACAGGGCAUAUUCUAGCGCUUGAAAACCGUAUCGACCCGAUCCUGUGUAAUUUAAAAUGCGCUGUCGUGGAAGCCUGAUGGUUACCCAUAGUCCACUAUGGAUGAUAAACUGUCUUAAUCUUAAUCUGUUAAUUUUUUUACCACUGGAAGUGUCUACACGAUCGAGUAAUAGAUUAUGACUCAUAAUUUAUGACAGUGAAAUUGAUUAAAAAUAAUUUUUAAGAGGAGAAAACAUACAUAUUUUAAACGAAACAAAUUUACAAUAUAUACAUCAGGUAU